AUGUGGACGUGUUUGAAAUACCCAGAUGGCACACAGGUCCAUGUCCAAGUUCAGUCCCAGACCACUCUUGUUGAGCUGUUCCAAGCCGAGCUUGCCUUGACCCAGGACGCCCCUGAUGGGGAAUGGUUCGAUGAUGUCACUGGUGCCCCUUUGGACUUCAAUGCUCAGGUGGGAGGUAGAUGUGUCCGGGUUGUGGUCAAGUCAGCCACGGCCGAAAGGUCUGCCAGUUCAUACUCCUUGACCCAUGCACAGUUGGCACAAAUCCCUCUGGAUUUUGGGGAUGACCCAUCCGAAAAUGAAGUUGAACCUGAACCAAUGCCAAGUGAUGUUGAUGCCACAAUGUGUCCCGAGCCAUCGACUGCUGCGGUUCCCAUUCAUGAAGUUGCCCAGCCGUCUUGCCACAGCGAUGUCAGUGCUAAUCCAGGCCAUGUCAUGGACACGUUGUUUGGACUUCGUCGGUUGUUUGGGAUCCAACUUGCCGCUAUCUUGCCACCUCUUGUGUCCAACCAACAGGUGUGUGACAACUAUCGUCAGGUCACUGUCCAUGGUCCCUCCCGUCUUGAAGUCCUUGCCAAUGAAGGGUGUGCUAUGGGUGAUGACGAGUUGGUGCUCCAUCUUCGUGCUUGCCUGUUGUUGUCUGGCCGUACUGAUGUUCAGUUGCUUGACCCCUUGUUGGCAUCCAGUUGGCAGAAAGGAGGAUCGGUUGACGACGUGCGUGCUUGGGCUAGCCAGUUUUGUGACUUGAAAAGCAUUGUCACUGUCGUACAUGUCCAUGAUCAUUGGAUGCCUGUUGUCUGGACUCUUGGACUUUGCGAGGUACGGGUGUCUAUGUGGGAACAUGUUGAUGCAGACAUUGACUGUUUGAGCCCACUGCAUGGUCUUGUCAGCCAGGCAUUCAAUCGCCCCAUGUUCAGCCUGGCCUGCACACGCCGAUCGUUCAGUCGAGGGUUUUGCGGAGCUGCUGCCAUUGCUUUCUUGUCUCACCGCCUUUUGGGUAAAGAUCUGCCACAGACUGAAGAUGCCCUUGGUGAUAUGCACCGUGACCUCAAAGAAAGCUUUGCUGCAGCAUGUCAUGAUGUAGUUUCUUUGCCGAAACCAUGGUGUUGGGGAUUGGGUACCAUUGAUGUGCAGAGCCUCACGGUGGACUUGUUGAGCGCUCAUGGAGUUCCUCCUGCGCAGUGCCAAAUGCGUGCCAAGUUGGUUGUUCAAGCCCUUGGGAAGAACGAAGUCCAUGCUGCCAUUACUGGAACUGCUCCUUGGAGAUCCUUGAAAGCCCUUUCCAAUCAACAAUCGCCGCCCUUGCAGCUUGUGUUGCCUGAUGAGUUGAACCAACACAAUGCGAAAAAGCCAGCCUCCAAGCCCAAGAAACAUGCCAGGAACACACCAUUGCCCGCUCGCCCAGCUGAGCUUGACCCAGCCAAACUUGUCAUUGAACAUGGAGCAUUCUGUGUUGGUCAGGAUGAACCACUGCCGCAAUUGUCCUUUGCCUCAGUUGGCCCACUUGUGAGCGGGGUUGCCUUGACGACGUACUCUGAAGCCAGCCACUUUCUCCAAAAUGGAAAGCUGCUCACGGCUCAUGGACUUGCCUUGCUUGUGUUGAAUCCGCCACAAGACUUUCACACUCAGCUUGAUUGGAUGACCCUCAGGUUUGCAGCUCGAUGCAGUGUCAACCAUGAACCCAUGUUGGUGUCGGGGAUCCUUGUCCAACUUGGUCAGUCUCAGGUUUACCAAUACAAGGCGAAAGACAUCCCUGCCAUCAUGUCCGUCGAAGUUGCCUGUGCCAGAGUGUCCUUCCUUGCCUGCACACCUGUCGCAAUGCCGAAGGUUGCUCUUGCAAGAGCUGGCACCCGCCGAGUGACCAGCGCAUUGCUUGAUGUGUUCAGACGCCAGUUUUUUACUGAUGCCGGCCGGCCCACCAAAUGGGAGAAGGCCACCCACUUCUCUGUGCUCAUCAGGUAUGUGAAGCAGCUUGAGACUCAGGUGCUACGUGCCAGUGGCCUGCAUGGGGUUUUCAUUGAACCCAAAACAGAGGAUGCCCUUCGACCUCAUGAUGACUUUCAGGUUGUCUGGCUGCCACAGAUGGACUUUGCUGCAGUUGCCCAUCGAGCCCAGUGUGAAGUCGAUUGCCUUGGAGUUGCACGUUCAGGCCGGAGAUUUGGACUUCGUGUUCAUGUCAAAAACUUUCAGCGGGUCUUCACCAGUGCCAAACCUGAUGCAGUGUACCUUGCCCCUGGCAACAGACUGAGCUUCCAAUGCGGGCCCUGGCCCUUUGGCUCAGACAGGAAGAACAUUGCACAUGCCUUGAAGGCCACAGGUUGGGAAUGUCGCCCAGUCCAACCCCUUCACCAUGUUCCAGGUGGCUUGAUGUGGUCGGUCCAAGCAAUCGUCGAGCCACCGACAAAUGUCCUGUCGUUGCAACAUGGCCAGGUAGUUAUCACCGGGUCGGAUGCCAAACAUGCACCAGCUGAGCCAGACACGAAGGUUGUUGGCCAAGCCACAACUGUGGCACUUUGCCGCCCUGCAGAUGGAGCUGUUGACCCAUGGUUGGCCCAGGAUCCUUGGUCCAAAGCAGUUACUCAGACUGCUCCCCAACCUGCCCAACAACCUGCUCCCAAUGUUUUGCAUGAGUUGGAACAGCGUCUGGAAAAGACCUUGCUUGACAGGUUGCCGGUGUCUGAUCGCAUGGAAGUUGAUGGCCAAGACCAAAGACUUCAGGUCCUUGAGCAGCAGGUUCAGCAGCUUGCUUCACGCCAGACCAGUUUGGAGCACACUGUCCAGGACAACCAUCAGCAGAACACAGCACAGGUCCAAUCGCUCCAGCAGCAGAUGAAGGUGCAGCUUGACAUGCAGUCACAGCAGAUGCAGUCGAUGCUGACUGACCAGAUGACAAGGACGACCACCAGUGACGCAGGACAGUGGGCUGGUGUGGCCUUCACAUCCACUGCUUUGCAGGUUUCCCAGAAGCUGUCUGAUGCUGGGUGGGUUGAAGUACAGCUGUUGACUUUGCGUCCCCAUUGGAUCCUACCCAGCAAUAUGCCGACCUGUGGCGAUGCAAAGAAGCUCUUGCCAAGGCACACCUUGGUGCUGAAUGGAUGCCAAGCAUGCAAGGACAUGCUGCAUGGUGUUGGUCUUUGGAACUCCAUCUUGAAAGCCACUGGAUUUUGGCCUUCCUUUCAGUCUUGGUGGCCUGGUAGACAGUAUGUUUGUCCGCUUGAUCCUGCUCACAUUCCUGUGCAUUGUCCGUCGUCUGCUGUUGCUCAUCAGAUCUAUGAUGCUGUCCUUGCGGAAGUCCGGCUUCUGGAACAACGUCUUGUCCUGUCCAAGCAGAGCUAUCGUCAUGCCAGGCAUGAACGAGACAAGCACUUGAUUUUCCGCGAGGUUGCACGAACACCAGCAGCCCCUGUUGAAACCCUUGUGCACCGUGUUGACGCUGUGGUCACACAAGUUGACGUUGAUGAAUCCGCAGUUGAACUUGACAAGCCUGUGGAAUGCCUGCCCUCUGAGCCCUUAUGGAUUUCCGGGGUAGCUCAUGACAUCAUCCAUGCCGACCAUGACAAGGUGUGGAUUGAAGAUGUUAGUGGAAUUUCCCCUCAAGACAAAGUUGUCCAGAGCAAGCAUGUUGGUGACCUUCGGGCCAUCUUCCAGGCCUUCCAUGAGCAGUGGAAAAUUCGAUGGUGUCGGCACGAUCAGGUUCCUUUCACCCAUUGGGCUGAGUUGAUUGCGUUUGCACGGCGGGUCAUCAACCCUUCUCCGAUUCCCCACCUGUCCGUUGAUGCUGCCCUUCUCCAAGCUGAAGGCUUCAAGAAAAAGAAAAAAGCUGCCACUGGAUUGGAUGGUGUUAGUCGGCUGGACAUUGUGCAAGCUGACCACAACACGCUUCACAGCCUAGCCCAGCUCUACCUCAGAGCCGCAUCAGAUCUCUGGGCUCAUCUUCUUCAGCAGAUUGAGUCUGCCUAUGCCUCAUCUGAAGCUUUGUCUGGGGUGUGCGCUGACCUUGAGAAGUGUUUCAAUUGCAUCCCUCGCUUUCCGGCCUUGUGUCUGGCGGUUUUGGUUGGUACACCUGACUCUGUCACGACAGCUUGGGCAGGUGCUUUGGCUAGCAUGUGCAGGCACUUCAAGGUUAGGGACUCCUACUCAGAUGGAUUUCUCACCUCAACUGGGUUGGCUGAAGGGUGUGGACUUUCAGUCUUUGGGAUGCUCCUGGUUGAUCACCUUUUUGCUGUUUGGAUGAAAGUUCAGGCACCUUCCAUCUGCUGUCUGACCUACGUUGAUGAUUGGCAGGCCAUCACACGUGACCCCCAGUUUGCGGUGCGUCAGCUUGAACUUGUUGAAUCCUUUGCGUCCAUGAUUGAUCUCACGGUUGAUCGGAAAAAGACCUUUGGUUGGUCCACUUGCCCAGAAGUGAGAAGAGCCCUUCGUGACCAUGGAGUUAAGGUCUUACACCAUGCCAGGGAACUUGGUGGGCAUCUUGGGGUGUCACGACAGUACACCAACAGAACCCUCACUCAGCGCAUUGCCGAUCUUGAUGAUUUCUGGAGCAAACUUCGCUCCUGCCGAGCAGGAUUCACUGCCAAGACGUUCAUGUUGCGUGCUGUCGCUUGGCCGCGUGGCCUCCAUGCUGUUGCCAGUGCCCCGGUUGGUGACCAGAUUUGGGUUAACCUUCGCAGAUGUGCCGUGAAAGCCCUUGGCAUGCAGAAGCCUGGUGUCAACCCGUCUGUCCUCCUUGGUCUUGUCACCCCUGGGCUUGACCCUCAGCUUACUGCCGUUCUUUGGACUUUUCGGUCACUCCGUGUGCAUUGUCCAGUGGACUUUUGGCUCUCCUCUGUCUCGCCUGUGGCUCAUGGGGACUUGGACUUACCCCCUAACUCCCUGGCCUCUCGCUUGGCAAGGAUGACCAAGCCAUGUACCGUCUUGGACUUGCUGGUGGAUUGUUCACUGAUCGGUACAAAUCGAAAUGGACCCAACAAUCUGAAGCGUGCCGGUGGUGUGGUGCUGUUGACACUUUGUUUCAUCGGUAUUGGGAAUGCCCACAACACCAUGAUUUACGACUGUCUCUGGCACCCGAUCUCCCCGCCAUUGUGGAUUCCAUUCCUGCAGCUUUGA